UGACUCCAUCAUUAAUAAAUAACUAGCAGUAAGAGCACAGCACACGUUGUGUUAACACUUUGCUUUGGCAGUGAAAGAGGAAAUCCUAGCAGAGACCAAAGAACACUUCAGCACGUGGACUUCCUCUUACGUGCGCUCCAACUGUGGCAGGAAAGAGCAGUCCUCCGUCUUUUUGUGACAAAGACACGCAUUCAGGUGAAGAUUAGACUGUCUUUGAGCGCUUUCAACAUGGACACCACGUCACAGGGUACAGCAGGGCAGCAGAACCCCAGGAGGAACUUGGACUUCUCGUCCUUGCGCGUUAAAAGAAGGAACAACAGUUGGGAGGACCACCAGAGAGGAGCUUGGUCUUUUUCAUCCGCCAGAGACUUCUCAAGAAGUGAAACAUCUGGAAAGGAAGAGGCUUAUGCCACCGUCGCCCGGCUACACAGCAGUGAGGCCCGCACCAACCAAGCAGGUGAACCACCAAAAAGCAGCGUGAUCUCAGACUGUGGUGGCACCGUCCCAAGAGAAGAUGGAGGUGGACGACCCAAAGCCCUCAAGAGGCUAAGUGCCAUGUGGUCUUCCUUCCGCAAAGGCAAAAGAGGUAGAGUGAAAGACCAAGAUCCUGUAGAAGCAAGACCAGUAUUGGAAGAGAAGACAUCCAGGCAAGCUCGUUUUGUCAGUGGCCAGUACUUUUUUGAGUACCUGGUGGUCGUCAGUCUGAAGAAAAACAAAGAUGGCAGCAACUAUGAACCGCAGAUCACCUACCAAUUCCCAAAGAGAGACGGGAUGGGCAGAUCUCAAAAGGAGGAGGAAGAGCGGACACUAAAGGCCAUCACGCUCUUCUGCUUCCCUGAGGGUAUCAAGUGGGCUCCUCUGACAGAAUACCACAGCGAGACCUUUUCCUUCGUGCUAACGGAGCUGGACGGCAGUCGGAGAAAUGGCUACUGCAGGAGACUGCUGCCCGGUGGGAAGGGGGCUCGUCCACCUGAGGCCUACUGUAUCAUCAGCAGCCUGGCUUGUUUUGGCCUCUUCUCCGAGAUUUUCGAUGAGGUGGAGAAGAGGCGGCAGAUCUCCAUGGCGAUGAUUUAUCCAUUCAUGCAGAAACUGCGAGAGGCUCCAUUCCCAGCUCCUGGAAACACUGUGGAGAUUAAAAGCUUCAUUCCUGAGUCGGGCACUGAGAUGAUCAGACUGACGCGGCCGCUGGACUCCUGGCUGGAACACGUCAACUUUCCGGUGCUGUUCAGCUGCCUGACAGAUGAGGAGGUGCUGCUGGUGUUUGCGGCUGCUGUCCUGGAGAGACGCAUCGUUUUCAUUGCCGACGACUUGGGCACAUUGUCCCAGGUCAUUCAUGCGGUCGCAGCCCUUCUUUACCCUUUCACCUGGCAGCACACCUUGAUUUCCAUAGUUCCAUCCAUCCUGAUUGACGUUGUGAUGGCGCCCACCCCGUACCUGCUGGGGGUGCAGAAGCGGCUGCUGGACCAGGUCACCGAUCACAAUGAUAUGCUGUUAGUGGAUUUAUCCCAGGACAAAGAACAGACUUUCAUUGUUUCAGUGGGUGAUGAGCCUUCUAUUCUGCCCCCCAAACUUCAAAGUGAAAUCCAAGAGGCGCUGCUUGAGAGGAAGAAAGCGUCAUCAACUGAAGAAGUGAACCGUGUGGUGUCCGAGGCCUUCCUCCUGUUCUUCGUGAAGACCGUGGGCCACUACGCCUCCUACGUCAAGCGCGGACUUUUUGAGAAGAGGAGCUUCUACAAGGCCAUCGAGUCCAAGACCACACGACACUUUGUCAAGAAGUUCAUCCAGACGCAGAUGUUUGAUUUGUUCAUCCAGGAGGUGGAGCAGCAGCACACUGGACCCCAGCAAGGAAUCUUUCACCAAAAGAUUGUGGAAUACCAGGAAAAGAAGAAAAAGGCCAAGACAAAGAAGCACUAGUUGUUUGCAUGCGUGUACAUAAUAACAUUUUGUCAUGUUGAAAGUGCAACAUAUACUGUAUUGUACAUAAUAACAUUGUGUCAUGUUCAAGGUGCAACAUAUACUGUAUUGUACAUAAUAACAUUGUCAUGUUGAAAGUGCAACAUAUACUGUAUUGUACAUGAUAACAUUGUGUCAUGUUGAAAGUGCAACAUAUUGCUAUUUGUGCUGCUAUUUGGUGAAAACACUGGUUUACAGUCUGUUGCUGGUGAGCAAGAAAUAAUUUCAAAUAAAGACUACUUUUUUUUAAA